UGAAACUCGAGUGCCGUUCCUCCCUCCCUCCUCAGUGGCGCAGGAGCUGCCCUAGUGUCGUAAACGCGAGCAGUGUGCGUGACGGUAGCGGUGUUGUGAAAGGACGGCAAGGACGCGGAAAGGAGCAGGAUAAGUUCCUAGCGUCUACAGUUCCUACUGGCUUCUAAGAGCAGAGGCUGAGUAAGCAGCCAUGCCACUUUUGGACAUCCAAGACAAGCUGGGCAUUGAUAUUGACAGGUGGUUCACCAUCCAGAGCGCCAAGCAGCCUUACCAGCGGGCUGCCGUGUGCCAUGCCUUUGAGAAAGAGUGGCUGGAAUGCUCUGACGGCAUUGGGCAGAUCCGAUCCAAGACUGAAUGCAAGGUGGAGAUGGACGAUCUCUUUGAAUGCCUGAACAACUACAAAAUGAUCCGACGCCUGAUGACCAUUUCAGCGCAGAAAAAGAAGAUGAUAAAGGAGGGGAAGUACACCCCACCUGACUACCACACCGGAAAACUGGACCCCGACCCUUGAACACUUGCUGCAGACCAUCAAGACAGCAGACUGAAAAGCAUUAUGCUCCCUGUUGGCUUGGAGUUGGUGGGUUUUAUUCUACCAGUGCUAUAUCGGAGAACGCCAAGAUUGAGUCUUGCUUUUUUCUUGUUGCUGUCCAACUCUGGUCCUGUGAAUGCUGCAGUCUGUCCCACAUUGAAAUAAAAUAAUCUUUCCUGGUU